CAGGGGCAGUUGUUGAGGUUGGAUCUGUACAGUACGAACUGUUAGGUUACAGAGAACAUUUCAGCAGGUUGCAGUGCUGUGUGCGCAGUAGCGAAGUGUGCUUUAUACAGGGCUGUUUGCUCGGCUUUAUGUUACAAGCAUUGAACCCAGAGCAGGACGUUACUGUAGCAGCGGCGCCAAAUUCAAAACUCACACCGACAGAAGAGAUGUGUGGAUGUCUGUUUACAGUUCCAGACAAUGUGCGCAUGCGCAGUGAAUAACAUGACCCUGGAUGAGUCCAGCUCCAGCUGUGACGCUGCUGAAGUGUUGAUCCGCUCCACUACAGCAGUUUCCGCUCAGAAAAGACAGAAGACCCCGGAUGUUCAUAUUUAUGUGCAGAGGCUGUCAGACUCCACUGUUCAUGGAUUUCUCGAGGAGGUGCUUCCUGUAAACACACAUUCAGCCUCAGCCACAGCACCUACAACAUUUAAACAACAUACAGCAUUAAAGCCCGUUUUUGGAGGUGCCAUGAGAGGUGAUGAAAGACAACAGCUUCCUAGAAGAAGUAGAGUUACACUAAAACCAGCAGUCACCCAAACGAGCGACAACAAGCAAGAAGAGCAGGAUGUGUUAAUAUCAAGAUACUCCGCUCAUGGGAGAGGUGCAGUUGUAGAAGCCCUAAAGCACAGAUCCCACAGUGCACCAGUGAGACGGGAGGUGAAGGUUCAGUUAUUGGAUGCAGGACGUCCACAAAGCAGUGCACCGAGAGUUCCCGAGAUCCAGUCUAACGCUGCUUUAUCAUCACAGGACGCUGGAGCCACUUCAGCUGCCGCAGCUUUUACAGCUGCUCCCAUUGCAGCCACAGCUCCGCUCAUCAAGAGUGAUAUGAAGGCUCUUGUGGAUCAGGUGGCUUCCGAGGUGCGGCAACUUCAAGAAGUGAGUGUAUCGACACAGCAGAGGGUCCAACAUCUGGAAACCAUCCGAGGCCAACAGCUUGAGAUGCAGAGUGAUAUGAAGGCUCUUGUGGAUCAGGUGGCAUCCGAGGUGCGGCAACUCCAAGAAGUGAGUGUACUGACACAGCAGAGGGUCCAACAUCUGGAAACAAUCCAAGGCCAACAGCUUGAGAUGCAGAACCGUCUCUUGGGCUCUGCUCUGGAUGCUGUAACAGCACGCACCAUCCCACCCUCACAAUCCACACUUCACACAGGCUCUGGUAUAACCCUACCAGAAUCUGUACACAGGUCAGGGUUUAGCAGACUUCAUGUUGUGGGAAAUGCUGCUGCAGGAACCUCUGUCUCUACAGCUGGCCAGGAGCAAAGCAAGGAGAUUGAGCGAGAGAGUGGGAAAGAUUCGCUAGAGAUUCUGGCACCGCGUAAUGUUAUUCCCAAACCAACCCACUGGAACCGUUCAGCCUACAACAAGCCGAACAGGACACAGAAACCUGCACAAACAAAGCACGGAAAUGUCAGGCUGCAGGAACAGAUCUCUAACAACCAGAAAUCUACAAGGCAUCCAGCAGAGCCUGAUGGAGUAAGCCAAGUUGCCAUAGCAACAGUCAGUGACAGCCAACUGGAGCAUUCAAGAGAGAACCCAGGAGAAACAUCCAUCUUUCCCGCUGGAAGGGUUGAACCACAGAGGCCAACUGGUGCACUGCCCAAGCUUCUAAGUAAAGAAGAAAGCCAAGGAACCAUGAAGGGAAUGUCUACUUUAAUCCAUGCAACUCCAAGUAGCUUCAGCUCCACUGUGCAGCACGCCAAUGCAAUGCUCCAGGAUCUGAGUAGACUCAAAGACGAGAUGAGGAACAUAAUCCAGACUGCUGAUGCAUUUCCUGUGAAGCGUGCCGAGCCAAGCCACCCCGUACCCCUCAGCCUGCCCUCUCCUCCACCCCAGCCCCCACCCCUAGUCUCCAUGCCAUCAGAGCAGGAUGAUCAGGUCACUCCUAGGGCUAUUUUUUUGUCUCGACGCAACCAGCAACAGAAUAGCCAUCCACCUGCUUCUAUGUUUGAGGAUGCAGAGCGUGUCCUCAGGCAGGUCAGACAAAGCCGGAAGGUUCUAGAAGAGAAUCUGCAGGCAGUUUUAAGAGCCAAGGAUGGAGAGGUGUUUCAUACACAACUAGAGGCACUGUCGAACAACAGGGAUGCCAGCGAGCAGCUGAGAAUAAAAAAGACCGUUGAUGCCUGGAUCAACACACUGAGCAAGGAGAUUCAGGAUGAGCUAACACUACAUGGAUCUGGUGAUCAGAUGAAGGCUGUAGAGAGAAAUAGUGUGGCAGCAGGCGGAUCAGCGCGACGGGAUCAGAGCAGCAGGAGCAUGAGCACAGCUGGGAAAGCGCCUGGAAGACUGGGGAGAGAGCGGAAAGGAGCCACCGCAGCGGCGAGGAGAGAAGCCUCUCACAGAGACUUGAAUAGACCACAGGCAGCGAGCACACAGGCUUCCAGCCAAGAGCUUGCCUCAUCUUUCAGAAACAGCACCGAGCAGCAGCACCCACAGGCGUCAGCAUUGCUGACAUCUGAAGGUGAUGAAGCGUACCUUAGGAAGGUUUACGGGAAAGCCCUGUAUGAUGGACAUCGGCGCACAUUAAAGAAAGGCCCCUACCUGCGUUUCAGCUCUCCAACACCAAAAUCCAAAGUGCAGCGUCCUAAAAUGGUAGAGAGUGUUAAAGGUGUGAAAAUGAAAUCCUGCAAAACCCAAACCAGCGUUUGUGAAGCGUCUCUCCUGCAGCCUGUGACCUCUGAGCCCCAGUACGUGUUCAGUCCGGUCGAGGAGCAGCAACCUGGAUCUGUGUUAAAAGGCUACCUCAUGCCCAUGGCCAUUCCUCUCGGCAAGCCCAGAGUUGAUGUCCAGGGUGCUUUGCUUUCACGGGUUGUCAUCCGUGACAAGCCUGCAACUGUAAUAACCUCCAUCCCUCCUGCCCCCAAAGUGACUCCAGUUAUCCGUAAGCCCAACACCUUGCUGCUGGAAGUGCAGUCAGGACCCAAGAAACCUGCCCCAAACCUACAAAUACAGGUUCAGCCCAGUGUGAACAUCGAGAGCGUAUCAGCCCUGAGCCGUACAUCCUCUCCCCCACCUCCUCCUUCUCCUCCUCCUCCUCCUCCUCAUCAUCACCUCCCUUCUUCAUCCUUUCAGACUGAACGCCCAGACGCCCGUGCGUUCGGGAACGUGACAGAGGAGACUGAUGGCUUUCCCGGAACCAACGUCUUGGAGGUGACAGACAACAGCCAGGAGCCUGAGAUGGAGGGCGAAUUUCCUGAUUCUCCUAUAGAGUUGCAUGGACUGCCGUCUCCCCCAGCUGCUCUGUACCAUGGACCCACGUUCCCAACACAACCGCACCAGCCUAGUACCCUCACCCAACCCAUACUUGCUGCCAUCCAGCACAGAGAGACCCUGGAGAACAGACUUGUUGAGUGGGUGGAGCAGCAGGUAAUGACAAGGAUGAUAGUCAGGAUGUUCCCUCGACCAGCCCAUACAGAUCCAACCACCCAGUCAGAGCCAGAGGACAGUGCUACCUCAGACACCAGAGUGGAGACAGCAAGAGUGCUGCAGCUGUUUGUGAAUGCUGGCGUGCCAGUGGACUUGGAGCUCAUCCGGCAGUAUGUCAAUGAGGUGCUGGCUGAUAUGAUUGCCCUAACGCUGGCCCAGAGAGAGGGCCCAAGAGAGUCUCCUGCUCCAUCUUUAGCAAAGGGUACACACAAUCAGCAGGAGAGUGCAGUUCCGACACCAGUGCCAACUCCCGAACCCAGUGUGAAAGAGAAUCCUCCAGCUCUGAGGGAGGUGCCCUCUCCCAUCAGUACUCCAGAUCUCUCAGCGCAUCCUUCCCCUGCUCAUUCACCCAGAGAUUCCCAGCAUGCACAGCCUCAGCAGCCAGUUUUACCCGAACCAGAAAAGGAGCAAGUGAAAACACCUGUAUGCACUCCAGUUCCAUCUCCCAGAAGGAUACAGACUCCAGAGUCACCAAGCAUUCACAACCAACCAUGGGGAAAUGCAGAGCUUCCUCUUACAGAAGAGAAACCACACAGUGAGGAAGACGAGCAGCAACCUCUACCAAACAGUGUCCUGUCAGUAGCCUGUGAGGAGGUAGAGGAGGAAAACUCAGUUAUCCAUCCAUUCUCCCCGGUUCCACCAAAACCGCAGAAUCGUCCAACUGCUGCAAUAGAGCAUACUGAACCCGCUCCUCCUGAGUCUCCGUCUUUGAAGGAGAGCAGCUCACACACUAGCACCUCUAUCACAGAGAUGGAGACAGAGACUGCAGCCAGACACAUCUCUGAGGGAGAGCUGCUCCUCAGCUGCGGCCAGAUGGCUGCAGUCAGAGUUUUGGAAGAGGAGGGCUUCAUUUUGCCCAACCUAAUGACAAGCUUCAACAGCUCACUGCAUGGGGUCCAAGAUAUGGAUUACGAUCCUCCAAGUGAGGGUGAGGUGGUGAGAAGGCCACUUGUUCCUGCCCACCAUGACCCAGUCCUGUCACUGCUGGCCCGGAUGGAUCAGGGUCCAGUCAGCCAAUCACAAAAUGAGAGGUUGUGGGAUGAGGAGAGCAGUGGGGAGGUGAGCGAGGGUCAGCGGCCCGUUCUGACUGAAACACAGGAGAAAGUGGUGAUGGGACACUCUCUCAUCACACAGCGUCAGUCGGUGUCUGCAGAACAGCCAUCUCAUGCUAGCCUGCUUUCUCCUGGGCAAUCACAAUCUCAGCACACAGGUGAAAAGGGUGCAGUAGCUAAGAACGGUGGGCUGUACGUUAACGUCUCCCUAUCGGCAGAGCACACAGACUCUUCGCAUGUUCUUCACUCGGUUACUGCAUCUUCCCUUCAGUCAGGAGACUCGACACCAAACCAGGCUGCUGAGACUCCAAAAGGACAGACUCCAAUACUGGUGAAGCAGUACAAUAGCACAGAGGAGCCAGGAACUGAAGGUGUUUAUCGAGCCGGAGCUGGCCUGGAGUUACUGUCAGCUCGGCUGGUGUCCGACCAAAGGGAGAGUCAGUCUCUCACGAUCAGCACUGUAGAUGGUGAUUCAGACUCCUUCAGCGAUGUGUUCUAGCAGCUGUGGAGCUGUCCCAGUGUCCCAGUGUCCCCGUGGGCAGGAGCUCAAGAAACCUCUAUCAGCCUGAGUGGAGCAGUAGACCAGAGUGAAUUAUUUAUCCAUGUCCCCUGUGGAAAGAUGAAAUGAUAUGUCUUGUGGUUAGUGUGAGAGUUUAUAGUGAAUAGCACCAUAGUUGCCUUAAAAAGAUCCGUCUUUACACGAGAUCCUGUGCCAUUCAGGUGGUCUAAAUUGUGUGUAAAAUUAACUUGUUGGCUACUUAUGUGUGAUUUUGUACUUUUAAACCAAUAAAUAUUUUAUG